GGAGCCGCAGCAUUUCGGAGUUGCGCUGCUAGCUACCUGAUCGCCAGGCUGGGGACACUGGACGUGCUCAGAGGACGCGGGUGCUGAGGAGGCGGCCUCGCCGCUGCUCCACCGGGAUCCUGGACCAGAUCCGCCGCCUCUCGGCGAACGCGCCACUCGCCGGUCGCCGCUGACCCGCCCGCGACCGCCGCAGCCGCCCCGCGGGGACAUUCAUUCUUGCCGCUUGCCUCUCGGGCCGGGCUUAGGGACUGCAUUGUAGGGGUUUUGUUCCCCCUCUGCCUCUUUUUUUUUCUUCUUUUUCCUUUUUCCUUUUUUGGUUGCUCUUGCCUCUCCUAUGUUCGGGAAACCAGACAAAAUGGACGUUCGGUGCCACUCGGACGCAGAGGCUGCCCGGGUCUCGAAGAACGCGCACAAGGAGAGCCGGGAGAGCAAGGGCUCGGAAGGGAACCUCCCUGCCGCCUUCCUCAAGGAGCCGCAAGGCGCCUUCUCGGCGUCCGGCGCCGCGGAAGAUUGUAACAAAAGUAAAUCCAAUUCCGCUGCCGACCCGGAUUACUGCCGCCGGAUCCUGGUUCGAGAUGCCAAGGGGUCCAUCCGAGAGAUCAUCCUGCCCAAAGGCCUGGACCUGGACCGGCCCAAGAGGACGCGCACGUCCUUCACGGCGGAGCAGCUGUACCGGCUGGAGAUGGAGUUCCAGCGCUGCCAGUACGUGGUGGGCCGCGAGAGGACCGAGCUCGCCCGACAGCUCAACCUCUCCGAGACCCAGGUGAAGGUCUGGUUCCAGAAUCGGCGCACGAAGCAGAAGAAGGACCAGGGCAAGGACUCGGAGCUGCGCUCGGUGGUGUCGGAGACAGCGGCCACGUGCAGCGUGCUUCGGCUGCUGGAGCAGGGCCGCCUGUUGUCGCCGCCCGGCCUGCCUGCGCUGCUGCCGCCGUGCGCCACGGGCGCGCUCGGCUCGGCGCUACGCGGGCCCAGCCUGCCGGCCCUGGGCGCGGGCGCCGCCGCGGGCUCGGCCGCCGCCGCUGCCGCCCCGGGUUCCGCCGGCGCCGCGUCCCCGCACCCGCCCGCCGUGGGCGGUGCUCCGGGCCCCGGGCCCGCCGGGCCAGGGGGACUGCACACGGGCGCACCGGCUGCCGGCCACGGUCUCUUCAGCCUGCCCGUGCCCUCGCUGCUCGGCUCCGUCGCCAGCCGCCUGUCCACCGCCCCGUUGACAAUGGCCGGUUCGCUGGCUGGGAAUUUGCAAGAACUCUCAGCCCGAUACCUGAGCUCCUCGGCCUUCGAGCCUUACUCCCGGACCAACAAUAAAGAAGGAGCCGAGAAAAAGGCGCUGGACUGAUUUGAAGUGUUCCCCUGUAUUUAUAUUUAUAGUAUCUAUUGUGGUGAUAUUUAUGGACUCAGUGCUUUAGGCGCCCGGGGCUCCGUUGAUGAGCUCCCGGCUCCCACGAGGCCUCUGACAGCUCUCCUUCCCCACCACGCUCUGCCACCAAUAUUAUCUCAUUUGGGCUUUUUUUUUUUUUUCUGUUUCCUCCGUGUUCUUAACC